GGAAAGUGGAGUUGAGUAAAGGUCUAAGAGCUGUAUACAAUCUAAUGCCACUGAUGUGGACACCUGGAUACCUGAAUAGAGCCUUGCAAGUGAUGGAGAAUGUGGCUUCAUUGCCAGGGGACAGCAAAAUCUGUAAGGAAGCUAUUGAUGCUUUGGAGACUGUUUUGCGAUCUGUCCUUGAAGCAAAACCUAGUCCAGAAUUGGCUGAAGAAGUCAAGGAAGUAGAGCAGAAGUCACAGUGUGCAGAAUCAGAAGAAACAGAGCAGUCUAAAGCACCUGAGUAUUACACCCGAUUCAAGGAGCUGUACUCUAAGCUGCGUUCGCUGGGCAAAGUUGAAUCUGAAAGCCUGUUAAACCUGACCACCCAACUUGUCAAGGAAAAGCUGCCAGCAUAUGAAGUGGAAGACAUUGCAAAACAUGAGGAGAAGCUAAAGGAGUGGGAGCAAGAACAAGCGGCUCUCACUGCGAGAGAAAGAGAGUUGAGAGAAAAGGCUAAGCAGGAAAUGGAAGCUAGGAAGCUAGCUAAAGCAUCUGCUUAGUACUGGAACUCAGAGGCCAUAGUGGUAUGCAUUCCUCUGUCAGUGAACUGAAGUGCUUACCAUUAUUAAUAUUUCACUUGAAUCGUGCUGUAAGUUUGACUGUAUGUGACUGCCAUAUGCAAAUUAAACUUCCCAUUUUGCCUAUUUCCUGAAGUAAAGCACA